AUGAGCAAGUCGUCGAAGAGAAAUCUCAAUUUUAUGAAUUCCAAUUCAAAUCUCAAUUUAAAUCCCUCUUUGAAUCCCAAUUUAAACCACAAUGUCACUUUUCAAGAUAGUUUACACAAAGAAAAUAGCUGUCCUGCUUUGAACGAAAUUGGCGAUGCUAUUGAUGCGUUUCCAAAGGAUUUGAUCAAAUACUUCACUCUAAUGAGCGAGAUCGACGCAAAAUGCAUAACCUCUCAACCUUUAUUAAAUCAACACAUUAAUGGAUUGAUAAAUUUGCCAAAGACUUUGUCGCUAUCAAACAACCCCAACUUUUUCAGGAGAAACGCAAAUGAUCAACGGAUUUUAGAGGAAAGACAUUUGCACAAAAGAUGGAAAAGUGUCGAUGCUAUUCAUUUUUUAUUAGGUGAAAUCUUGCCAUCCUUAGAAGAAAAAAUGCAUGUCGCGUCUGUUGCAGCUGAUUGUGUUGUUAAAAAUAUUGAAAAAAUAAAUCAAGAUUUCGAAAAUAUUAUCAAUAACGAAAUUCCCGAGAGUAUCAGGAUCGGUCCAUUAAAUCAUCCUGCCAUAAUUGCUGAUUUAAAUCUAACUAACGAGACCAAAUCUGCUCAGUCUCAAAAAAGUGAAUCAAGGAGAGAAGCAAUAGCUGCCAGAAAGGCUGCUCAGCAAGCUGCUCAACAAUCCCAAUCACAACAUAAAAAUUAUAACGAUCCUCACAAUGAUGAUUAUAUAAUGAACACUUCAAAUGUUAAUAUUGACACUUCAAACAUUAUCGCAAAUAAUUUCAACAGUAAUUCAAGAUCAACUUCGAAAAAAAGGGAAAGCAUAAAUUCAGGCAACUCGGUCACCAAAAAAAGAAGAACAAAUUUAUCUUCAAAAGCCGAUAAACAAAAUAAUGAUUUGCUAUCGUUAUCACGACAAGGAACUCCUUCCUCCACUUCAGCAAAAAAAAAAACAAAUAAAAAUUCAAAAAAAACCAACCAAAUAAAUCAGAAUUCGGCUUUAGGUAACAGUCGCGGCAGUAACUCUAAAAACAAUAACAACUCUAAUGCUAAUGGUAAUACUAAUUCAAAUUCUAAUAAUAGUAUAACUAGUAACAUAUCUUCAGGUAACUCAAGAUCAAAAAGAUCUUCAACCCCAUCAAAUAGUUCCAAUAGAAAAAAUACUUCAUCUAGUAAGAGCUCCUUAAAAAGUGAAAACAUUCGAAAUACCAAAGACAAAAAAUCAAAAAAUGACAAUUCCACUUCAGGUUCAAACGUAAAGAAUAAAAACCCUGGUUUGAUUCCUCUGGAUGAUAACGAUGGAAAUACAUAUCAUGAAGAAGAGCAAACUUAUUGUAUUUGUCAACAGUUUGCUUAUGGUGAAAUGAUUGCCUGUGACAAUACAGAAUGUCCACAUGGUGGAUGGUUUCAUGUUAGCUGUCUAAAUAUUAACAUUGAUCAUCUUCCUAAUGCUUCAUGGUAUUGCAAUGGCUGUAAGGCUGAAGGUUUUGGUGCUUCGGAAGGCAAUGAAAAAUUAAAAGAUUCGGCUCUGAGAUCAGAUAGUUGA